AUGUUGCGGAGAUUCUCUACACAGUUCAAGAAGAACAAGGACGGCGCCAAUGGCGAGGUCGAGGUGAAGGCCGAGAAGGCCGAGAAGCAGAGCAAGCGCUUUUCUAAGGCUUCCCCUCCUCGCAAAGCUUCUCCCAAGGUCGUUGAGGACAACCACCAGGUGAAGCGUGCCGAGGUUGUUGCUGUUUUUGAGAAGUACGCGCAAGCCAUUCAUGCUUCGCGCGAGCCUCUGCCCAACCAGACCGGCGAUGGCACCUACCUUAAGCACGACCAGUCCACUGGUCUGAUUGACGACAUUAAGACCCUCAAUCUCGGGGAUCUCAGCACAGUCAAGGAUCUCGUCCAGAACAAGCUUUCUGGUGAGCUGAUUAAUGACAAGACCUACCUCAUGGAGCGCAUUAUUCAGCUUGUCGCCGAUAUGCCCGGUCACUCUAAGAACCGUGUCGAGCUCACCAACCAAUUCCUUGACGAGCUGUGGAACUCAAUUCCUCACCCUCCUCUCUCUUACAUGGGCGAUGAAUACCAGUACCGUUCUGCCGAUGGUUCCAACAACAACCCCACCCUUCCUUGGUUGGGUGCUGCUAACACCGCAUACUGCCGCACAAUUCCCCCUCUCACAAUCCAGCCCAGUGGUCUGCCUGAUCCUGGUCUGAUCUUUGACAGCUUGUUCGCUCGUCAGGAAUUCACUCCUCACCCUAACAAGGUGUCUAGUGUUUUCUUCGACUGGGCCUCUCUGAUUAUUCACGACAUCUUCCAGACCGAUUACCGCCAGCAGCACUUGAACAAGACCUCUGCCUACUUGGAUCUCUCCAUUCUGUACGGUGAUGUCAAGGAGCAGCAGGAUCUUAUCCGUUCCCACAAGGACGGUAAGCUGAAGCCCGAUUGUUUCUCUGAAGGUCGUCUGAAUGCUCUCCCCCCUGCCUGUGGUGUUCUACUUGUUAUGCUUAACCGUUUCCACAACCACGUUGUUGAGCAGAUUGCUGAGAUCAACGAGAAUGGCCGCUUCUCCAUCCCUAAGCCUAGACCCGGUCUGUCUGACGCAGACAUUGAGAAGGCCUGGGUCAAGCGUGACGAGGAUCUGUUCCAGACUGCUCGUCUGAUCACUUGUGGUCUGUACAUUAACAUCACUCUGUACGAUUACUUGCGUACUAUUGUCAACCUGAACCGCAGCAACUCUACUUGGUGCCUGGACCCCCGUGCCCAGAUGGAGAAGGCUGGUGCUACUCCCUCCGGUCUCGGUAACCAGUGUUCCGUUGAGUUCAACCUGGCCUACCGUUGGCACUCUACCAUCGCCGAGGGCGAUGAGAAGUGGAUUGACCAGCUUUACCAUGAUCUCAUGGGCAAGCCUGCUGAGGAGGUCACCAUGCAUGAGUUGCUGGUUGGUAUGAAGAAGGUUGAGAGUAUGCUGGACCCCGAUCCUUCCAAGCGUGAAUUCGGCCACCUGAAGCGUCAGGAGGACGGUACCUUCAAGGAUGAGGAACUUGUUGCUAUCCUUAAGAACGCUACCGAGGACGUUGCCAGUGCUUUCGGUCCCCGUAACGUCCCCAAGGCUCUCCGUUCCAUCGAGAUUCUCGGUAUGGAGGCUGCCCGUAGAUGGCACGUUGGUUCCCUCAAUGAGUUCCGUAAGCACUUCGGCUUGAAGACUUACGAUACCUUUGAGGAGAUCAACUCUGACCCUGAGAUUGCCAACACUCUCCGUCACCUGUACGAGCACCCUGACUACGUUGAGCUGUACCCCGGUAUUGUCUCCGAGGAAGCUAAGGAGCCCAAGAUCCCCGGUGUUGGUAUCUGCCCUACCUACACCAUCUCUCGUGCCGUUCUGUCCGAUGCCGUGGCUCUGGUCCGUGGUGACCGUCACUACACCAUUGACUAUAACGCUCGUAACUUGACCAACUGGGGUUACAACGAGUGCCGCUACGACCUAAACAUCAACCAGGGUUGUGUCUUCUACAAGCUGGCUACUCGUGCCUUCCCCAACUACUACGCGCCUGACUCGAUCUACGCUCACUACCCCAUGACCAUCCCCACCGAGAACCGUAACAUCAUGAAGAUGCUCGGCCGUGAGCAGGACUACUCUUACGAGGCUCCUUCCUUCACUGCUUCGCGUGUCAACCUCACCUCUCACCAGGCUGCUAAGCAGGUUCUGGAGAACCCCAAGGACUUCAAGGCUUCCUGGAGCACCGCUCUUGAGGAGCUCUUUGGCAAGGGCGAGUUUGACACCAAGCAGCAGGAGGCUAUGAGCAAGGCCUUCGGCACUGAGGACCUCCCCAAGCUCAUCAAGAAGUUCUACGAGGAGACCACCUUGCACCUCCUUCAGCAGAAUGGUGGCAAGAUUGCUAAGAUCAACCAGAUUGAUAUUACUCGUGAUGUCGGCAAUGCCGCUCACGUUUACUUCGCCGCUGCUCUCUUCGGUCUGCCAUUGAAGACCGAGGAGAACCCCUCCGGUCUCUUCACUGAGCACGAGAUGUACAUGAUCCUCACCACCAUCUUCUCUGCGCUCUUCUUCGACGUGGACGCUACCAAGUCGUACUCCCUUAACCGUGCUGCCACUGUUGUUGCUCAGCAGCUCGGCUCCGUCGUUGAGGCCACCGUCAAGGCUGACACUAACAGCGGUCUCUUCUCUGGUCUGAUGAACAGCUUCCGCCCCCACGACAAUGCUCUCCGUGAGUACGGUACCGCUGCUCUGCGCCGUCUCCAGGAAUCCGGUCUCAGCUCUUCCGAGAUCACCUGGUCUCAGAUCAUCCCGACCAUCGUCUCCCUGGUCCCCACCCAGGGCCAGGUCUUCACUCAGGUCAUCGAGAAGACUCCCCCCGAGAACGACGAGCAGCUGUACCGCUACUGCCUGGAGGCCAUCCGUAUCAACGGCACCUUCGGCGCUUACCGCGAGGCUCAGGCUAACGUCACCGUGGAGGACAACGGCAAGACCGUCGAGAUCCAGCCCGGUAACAAGGUCUUCGCUUCUUUCGUCCAGGCCAACCACGACGCUAGCGUCUUCCCUGACCCCACUGAGGUCAAGCUCGACCGUCCUCUCGACUCCUACAUUACCAUCGGCCAGGGCGCCAACACUGGCUUCGGUCAGGAGAUUACCAAGAUUGCUCUGGUUUCUAUGCUCCGUGUCGUCGGUGGUCUGCAGAACCUGCGCCGCGCCCCAGGUGCUCAGGGUCAGCUUCCUAAGAUUAAGCAGGAUGGUGGUUACUUCGUCUACCUGCGCCAGGAUGGCACCUCUUACUUCCCCUUCCCUAUGUGUCUCAAGCUUCACUGGGAUGGAGACUUCGAGUUCACGCAGAAGAAAUAA